UGGUCAAACGUAGGCUACGUGUUGCCCCAAACAUGCAAGCAUUCUCGCUUGUCAGUUAAAUGUAUCUCCACAGGUACAGUAUGGCUACAGCGCGAGAUAUCCGGGCCACGUCAAAAGUGCUGUAAUUCCAGGUGUCUAAACGGUUGCUGGUUCGGUCAGUCGGUCAGCUUAUAAGGGCUCUUCAGUUUAUUCGUAGAAUGAGUGUGGGUUUCAUAGGAGCAGGCCAGGUGGCCCACGCUCUGGCAAGAGGCUUCAUAGCUGCAGGUGUGAUUGCCACCCACAGAAUCACAGCCAGUUCCCCAGGCACAGAUCGACCCACAGUACAGGGACUGCGGAAAUUGGGUGUCAAUUUCACCACCAGCAACAAAGAAACAGUGAGCAAAAGUGAUGUUCUCUUCCUGACUGUGAAGCCCCACAUCAUCCCUUUUGUACUGGAUGAGAUUGGACCAGACAUCGAAGAUCGUCACCUCAUUGUGUCCUGUGCUGCAGGAGUCACCAUCAGCUCUAUAGAGAAGAAGCUGCAGCAGUAUCGUGCUGAUCCAAAGGUAAUGCGGUGCAUGACAAACACUCCAGUUGUGGUGCGCGAGGGGGCUACUGUGUACGCCACAGGCACCUAUGCAGAAGUGGAGGAUGGAAAGCUUCUGGAGCAGCUGAUGGCCAGUGUAGGAUACUGCACUGAGGUGGAAGAGGACCUGAUUGAUGCCGUCACCGGCCUCAGCGGCAGUGGUCCUGCUUACGCGUUUACAGCUGUAGACGCUCUUGCGGAUGGUGGAGUGAAAAUGGGCCUUCCCAGGAGAUUGGCUAUACGCCUCGGAGCCCAAGCCCUGCUGGGGGCUGCUAAAAUGCUGUUAGACUCAGACCAACACCCUGGGCAGCUCAAGGACAAUGUGUGUUCACCAGGGGGCGCCACCAUCCACGCCCUGCAUGUCAUGGAGAGUGGUGGCUUCCGCAGUCUCCUCAUCAAUGCUGUAGAGGCCUCCUGUGUUAGGACUAGGGAACUUCAGUUUUUGGCCGACCAAGAGAAAAUCUCCCCAGCUGCCAUAAAGAAGACAACUCUGAACAAAGUGUUGCAGCAGCCAGGAGUGACUGCAGAGGGUGUUGGAGUCAGAUCUCAUGGGAUCAGUAUGUUCAACAGCAGUGACCCCAGGACCAAGAAGAAGUAAUCAUUUUAAUGUGUGUAACAAUAAAUAUUCCAUAUAUGCUGUGAAUAAACCACUACUGGCAGAUGAAUGUUGGAACAUA